AUGAAAUAUUUAAAUCAUACAGUAAUAUUUAAAAGAUUGUUGUCGGACUUUGUACCUCGUUUUGAAUUCCCAAAGUAUAAUGUUCAACUAUCAGACUUUAAGGGACAUCAGGUUAAAGCAUUGAAGAAAUUUCAAUAUUUGGCCCCUCAGCUGAAUAUGGUUAUAGAAUUAAGAGAUAUACGAGCUCCACUUUCAACAAGAAAUGUUUUAUUUGACAAAUUCUUCCUGGCGGGAAACCAGAGGAUAAAGAGAUUGAUUGUGUAUACCAAAAAGGAUUUUAUGCCGCAGAAUGUAGAACUAAUGAAUACCUUAACUAGAUGGCAUAAAGAUAUGAAUGAAAAUUUCAUGAUUAUAGAUGGCAAGAAUGUUACAGAUACAAAGAAUCUAAUGAAAGUAAUCCAAUGGGAAAGUAACAAACUAAUGGAAGAUAAUGUACCUCUCCCUAUGGGGUAUAGAAUAUUGGUUACAGGUAUGCCAAAUGUUGGUAAAUCUACAUUAGUUAAUUCUUUACGGUAUAUUAAUUUUGGUAAAAAAAAUGAUACCACAAAAAGGAGAAAAGUAAGUAAAACAGGUAAUGAGGCUGGUGUGACCAGGAGUACAAGUGAAAUUAUUAGAAUCUCGAAAGAAGAAUCGUCUCAAGGUAUAUAUUUAAUUGAUUCUCCCGGUAUUGGGUUACCAGGACGUGUCAGUAGUCAAUCUAGAAUGUUGGCCCAAGCUCUAUGUGGGUGUGUCAAAGAAACCUUAAUUGAUCCUGUUGCGCAGGCUGAUUAUCUGUUAUUUCUCAUGAACUUACAAAAACCUAAAGCCAAUGUUGAUUGGUAUCCUGAUUACCAAACAAAACCAACAAAUGAUAUUUACACCAUAUUCAGACGCAUGUUUGAUAUGAAGAAGUUGAGUGACACUACUGCAGCAAUAUCCUGGAUCAAUAAAUGGAAAAGGAGGGGUAAAAAUAUACUAUUUGAUGUUGAACCUUUACUAUCUUCGGAUGAGUUCUCUUAUAAAGAAUAUUUACUCAAAGAUCUGAAAAAAAUCGAAUCUUACAAAUUGGAAAAUGAUAAAUUGGAUAUUAAGGGAUCUUCAAAGCAAAUAUUCAUUUAA